AUGCCGCUGACCCAGAGAACAACUGGAUCUUCAUCAAGGAAGAGCAAGCCUUCGGGGGCCGAGGUCAGGCCCGGAGCCGCAGCGGCCGCGGGUCCCAAGAAUUCACCUUCCGUGGCCAGCCCGCUGGCGGUGGCCCCAGCAUCUGCGGCGGCAGGGGGUGCGGAGGGGUGGGGGGAGUCCUGGGGGCGAGGGCUGCCCGAGGACUUCCCCGCGCCAAGCCCCGACAACGAGGGCUCCGCGGACCAAGAGCUGCCCAAGCGGCGGCGGCAGAGGCCACGAAGGCUCGCCCCUGGACAGGGAGGAGGUCGCCUCCAGGAAAAGCGACUUCAGGGCCUGUCGGUCCCACAGGAUACAGGCUGCCCACUGGCAGGGCCGCAGUGCCGGCGCCUGCUGGCAGGACCACGGCCCCCCGAGCGGCCCCGGCGGCCCCCGACUGGGACUGUGUCCCGAGGCCGCCCGGCACUCGGACGCGCUGGGCUCCAGGGGCUGCGAGGACGGCCGCCUGGAGGACAAGAGGGCCUUCUUGCCAUAAGACCUCGGGGCCGAUGCCGAGAGCGUGGAGAACCGGCCCUUCCGGCUGAGGCGCCCCCGCGCCAGGACAAGCCUCCACACUUCCGGCGUCUCUGGCAAGAGCGCGACUCCCUGUGUCUGUGGGGGCCCGAGGAGGAGCCCCACCUGCUGGCGGGUCAGUGGCCAGCCAGGCCCAAGCUCUGUCCAGGGGACAGGAGUGGCGCCGCGGGCCGCAGGUCCCCCGAGCUCUCCUACCAGAACUCCUGGGACCACACCGAGGAGGAGUGGGAGGCGGCCUCCGAGAGCAGCGACUUUAGCGAGAAGGAUGGCUCCGGGCCCGAGCCCGGCUCCCACCUGACCAACCUCAGGGAGAAGAAGGAGCUGGCCAAGCGGAGCUUCUCCAGCCAGAGGCCCCUGGUGGACAGGCAGUGCUGUGGCCUAGGCCUAGGAGUGCUCACUGCAGCGCCUGCUGUGCGCCAUGAGGUCGGUGGCUUAGGGUGCUUGAAGGAUGCCUGCAUCGCCUUCUGGAUGUGGAUGUUCUCCACCUUCUUCAUGGAGAAAUGGGCGCCUUGGCAGGACGACAUGCUCUUCUACCUGUGCUGGAAGCUGGCGUUUGCGGACUCCGAGAGCGGGGUUGACUGGAGGAAGCUGCCAGAGGCCGAGCCUGAGGUGGAGGUGUACCGGAGGGGCGGGGACGGGGGGAGACAUGACUCCAAGAAGCUGCCAGGCUUAGGGGACCCUGACAUUGACUGGGAGGAAAGCAUCUGCCUGAACCUCAUCUUCCAGAAGCUGGACUACAUGGUCACCUGUGCCGUGUGCACGCGCUUUGAGGGGGGCGACAUCCACAUCCAUAAGAAGGAGUCCCUGCAAGUGUUUGCAUCACGCAAACACCCCAUGGAGAGCAAGGGGGAGGAGUCUAAGAUGAGCUUUGCCAACAUCUUCAUGAUUGACAGCUUCGAGGAGGUGUUCAGCGACAUGACUGUGAGGGAGGGAGAGAUGGUGUCUGUGGAGCUGGUGGCCAGUGACAAAACCAACAUGUUCCAAGGGGUCAUCUUCCAGGGCUCCAUCCACUACGAGGCGCUCUAGAAGGUGCACGACAGCCGGGUGAGUGUGGCCGCCCGCAUGGCGCAGAUGUUUUUCAGCUUCUACAAGUACAACAACAUGGAGUUCGUGCGUAUGAAGGGCAAGGGCCACGCGGAGAGGGUGGUGAGCUGUGUGUCCACUGGUGACACGUCUCCCUGCAGGACGGAGGAGGACUCCAGCCCGGCUUCGCCCAUUCACGAGUGGAUGGCCUUUUUCAGUACAACCCUGACCUCGGAGCAGAACAACUGUCCCACAUUUUUCUCCCCGUCCCUCAAGAGGAAGGUGCUGCAAGGCGCCGAGAUGAAGAAGGACAGCAAGGAGUUCUUUUGGGAGGACGAUGAUGCAGCGGACCUGCACAAUGCCACCAACCUGCGGUCGUGGUCCCUGUCUAGCAUGGGGCGGUCCCUGAUCGAGUUCUGGCUGAAGCUGAACAGAGUGGAUGGAAACUUCCUUCUCUAUGCACACCUAACCGACGUCACAUUGUCGCUGCAUCAGAUCCUAACAGACAUCCUGGAAGUCCUGCAGAAGCCCAUCCUGAUGACCUAGCUGCGUGGAGCCACGCAGAGCCCCCGGCCCUGGAAGUACUGCCAAGUGCCUACCUGUCCACCGCCACCGGGGUCUGUGGCAGCCAGCACGGAGCGGGCAGCCAUCAACCCAGGGCCAGGGUCGACUCCACGAACACCAGCCCAAACUGAAGUGCCUCUUCCUCUCCUCACUGGCUCUGCUCCUGCCCUGCGCCCGCCCAUCACCCCAACCCGUCUCUGGAGAGCCCUCCACACCCAAAGAACCAGAGAUUCCCCGAGGCCAGAGAGAGAGCGAAGGAGCAGCCAGCGGCCAAUGAGUCCAGACCUGCCUACCUGCUCAGCAGGCGGAGACUGCCCACGGGCAUCCCGUGUGCCCAUGGUCCGUGCUUCCAAAGGAAGCGGCUAGGAUUUUGCAGUUCCGUGCCAAUGAACCUCCGUGUCUGCAUUGCUCCUAUGUCUGUCCUCCCUAGCGUGGUCCUAAAGGGGGCCCCCUGAGGAGGUGGGGAGCACCACUGUUGGAUGGGGUGGCCCUGGGCCGGGAACAUUGUCACCCACACCCGCCCCAGGGAGGCCUUGAGCUCAGCAGACAGGCCUGGAUACCGCCAGAAUACCCUUCACUUCCAGCCAAAGAGCACUACCCACAGCCCUAGAAUG